AGAGCAUGCACAGCCCGGGACUCGCAUCGCCGGCUCCGAGGCGGGCAGGCGAGACCCCGCUCCCAGCUUAGCCCCGCUCCUGGGAGACUCCCACCGCCCUUCAUCCCCCUCCUUAACCGGACUUUUCCCCCCUGCUCCCGAGGAUGAUGAGGCGGCCGACGCGGCGGCUGGCGCUGUCUCUGCUGGGGGUGCUCUGGCUCGCCGCCCUCCUCCUCUUCUUCUUCGGGGCGAGGAGGAAGUUGGAGGCGGCGGGAGCCGAGGAGCGCACGCCGGAGGCCUCAGACGUGGACUGGGAGGACCUUUGGGAUCAGUUUGAAGAGCGGAGGUACCUGAGCGCCCGGAGGUGGAAGGGCGGCGAGGACCCCUACCGGCUCCAUGCCUUUAACCAGCGGGAAAGCGAGAGGAUCCCCAGUGACCGUGCCGUCCGCGACACCCGCCAUCACAGGUGUACAACUUUGCACUAUCGCCAGGACCUUCCAUCAACCAGCGUCAUCAUCACCUUCCACAAUGAGGCCAGGUCAACCCUGCUAAGGACGAUUCGGAGCGUGUUGAACCGCACCCCAGUGCACCUCGUCCAUGAAAUCAUACUAGUGGAUGACUUCAGUGAUGAUCCUGAUGACUGCCACUUGUUGGGCAAGCUCCCCAAGGUGAAGUGCUUGAGGAAUGGACGGCGAGAAGGUCUCAUCCGGUCCCGAAUCCGAGGGGCAGAUGUGGCACAAGCAGGAGUCCUGACCUUCCUCGACAGUCACUGUGAGGUGAACAAGGACUGGCUGCUCCCUCUGCUGCAGAGGAUCAAAGAGGAUCCCACCCGAGUGGUCAGCCCCGUUAUUGACAUCAUCAACUUGGACACUUUUGCCUAUGUGGCGGCUUCCUCGGACCUCAGAGGAGGUUUUGACUGGAGUCUGCAUUUCAAAUGGGAGCAGCUUUCCCCAGAGCAGAAAGCCAAACGACUUGAUCCCACCGAACCCAUUAAGACUCCCAUCAUUGCUGGAGGGCUGUUUGUAAUUGACAAAGCCUGGUUCAACCACCUGGGGAAGUACGACAGUGCCAUGGACAUCUGGGGUGGGGAGAACUUCGAAAUCUCCUUCCGUGUGUGGAUGUGUGGAGGGAGCCUGGAAAUCAUUCCCUGCAGCCGCGUCGGGCACGUCUUCCGGAAGAAACAUCCAUACGUCUUUCCAGAGGGAAAUGCCAAUACAUACAUUAAGAACACAAAGCGCACCGCGGAGGUGUGGAUGGAUGAAUUCAAGCAGUAUUACUAUGCUGCUCGUCCUGCAGCCCAAGGGAGGCCUUAUGGAAACAUCCAGAGCAGAGUGGAGCUGCGGAAGAAGCUGAAAUGCCACAGCUUCAAGUGGUACCUGGAAAACGUUUAUCCUGAACUCCGGAUUCCCGAGGAGUCACUCUAUCAGACUGGGAUGAUCAGGCAAAGGCAGAGCUGCCUGGAAUCGCACAAGUCUGAAGCCCAAGAGUUUCCCAUCCUGAGCUUAAAUCCUUGUAUCAGCAGCAAAGGCACAGCAGCAACAGCACAGGAAUGGACAUACACAUACAACCACCAUGUCCGCCAGCAGCAGCUGUGCCUGUCUGUGUACACCCUCUUUCCUGGUUCCCAAGUGCUGCUGUCACCUUGCAAAGAAGGUGACAACAAGCAGCGAUGGGGCAAAGUUGGGUCACACAUUGAACACAUAGCUUCACGCUUCUGUUUGGACACUGAGACGAUUGGGGACACGAAUGAGAGUAUCAAAGAGCUUGUCAUCAACCCUUGUGAGAGCACAGCCAUGAGUCAGCGCUGGGACAUGGUGAUGUCUUGACCUGCCGGAGGACUUACACAGCGGGGAUGGGCACUGAGGCAUUGCUACAGGCAGCCAAGAUGCACCAGAUGGAGUUCAAGUGCAAAACCACUGGGUGUCCUUGUGUACUAUGGGACAGGAGAAGGAUCAUUCAAAUAAAAAUAAGGACAUGAUGCUCCAGGUUGAACAACAAAUGUUGCCUGCAAGACAUGCAGCCAGUAUUGGCCUGUUGGGGGCCAUACAUUCAAACAGAAGGGAUGGCAAAAAACCAAACUUGGAAUGUUUUAGAGGGAUAUCGGAGCUCCUGAGAUGGGCCCUGCAGAACUUCAGUGUGCACAGUACUGAUUAAUCUCUCUGGAAACACAAGUAGAAGAGCCUUGGAGACCAAAAGGAGGCUUGGACUCAGCAAAACAAGCAUCUCAAUAGCUUUUGGGGGGUGAGGCUGAUAUGCCAGGAGGGAUGUGCCAAGGGGUGCUAAAAAACUUCACCUGGGAUCAAGUGGCAAACACUGAUUUAUCUUUGCACUUUCUAUUGCUGUGGAUGAGUUUGUCUUCUGCAGACAGCAUGGGUGGAGCCGUGUUGCACGUUUCAAUCUGUAUCUGAUCCACGUACAUGUUGUGUAUACAGAGGCAGGGCGGUCAUUUAUGGCUGUGGCCAGGAUCAAACUAGCAAGUAGCAGGGGAAUCCUGCUCUGUGCUGACUGCACAUGGGGGUUUUUGAAUCUCCAAAGCCCAAGCAAACAGAGUAUUCAGUGUGUGAGAUUAAAGGAUAUAAACUGCUGUGAAGCUGGGAGGAAAGGCACUAACAUGAUUAUUUCUCCUCUCUGAAGGCCAUGGGUGAGCCUCAAUUGCUGAAAACUCCGCUAUAAUCUCACCCUGUGUCUCUCACUGCUUCAGAUCUGGACUAAGUCAAAUUUUCACUUUUCUUCCAUAAAAGUUAUAGUUUUGGUAAUUGGAGGUAAUUGUGUCAUAUUUCUGUUUCCCAAUUUCCCAACUGCAGAAGGCGGCACUCCCAUGAAGUGCUGCUACCAAAGGAACAGAGAAGGUAAUUAAAACUAGAGACUGCUUUUAGAAUGAAAAGGGAUAUUACCUGGUAUUUCUUCCCAGGUAUCUUGUAGCCCAAGAUGUGAAGUACUGAAGAAAAGGUUUGGGAUUGCCCCAGUCACACUUGUGAGCAGGGAACCCUGGGUCACAAAGUACCCCUCUCUCAAAGUCAUUUAGCAUAGGCAGACCUGGCAGAAAUUAUAUCAUCAGUUUUUUGAGAUACUUCAUUAACCAGCGGUCAUGCCCAGUGCUAUCACUAUAUGGGAGUGAGGUGACUGCCAAAGGAGAAUAGGACAGAAGACCUCAGAAGAGGUCUUAGGUAUGGUCCUAGGACUGGAAGUUCCUUUCCAGCCUCUUUCAGAGCAGCUCCCACUACAGCAACAAGUAACAGGUAGUGAAUCACCAAGAGGUGUGCACACAGUUCUUGUGUAGUAACAACUCUUGAAAAGAACUUGCACAGGGCUGUCAGUGUGACUUGGCAAAAAAUACAGUUUGUGUUUCUAAAAAUGCUAGGGUUUAAUGAAAAUCCUAUCCUCUGUUUCAUGUGCUGCAAACUACAGGUAAAAUAGCAUAAGCUUUGAGCCUUUGAGUGCUCUCAGCAUCCCUUCUUGAAUAAAUUGCUGGCUUUCAGGAUUUUACUGCCUCAGUUUCUCCUCCCUCAGUGCUGGGAGAAAGCCGUGUGUGUAAAUCUCCUGCUUUAGAGGCAGAAGCAGUAUAACUCUUUAUGUACAAAAGGUCGCAGGGUAUAAAUGCUUUCUGCGUGCUGCAGUGAUUACUAACCUCAUCAAGCUCCCUUAAUGCAAACCUCAAGGACUUCGGUUAUGAAAAGGCUGGAGCAAGCUGUCAUUUCAUGGCAGGAGAUGGCAUUGUUUCCAUGUCACCACUCUGCACAGGAAACAAAGGGGAGCACUUAAAAUGGAAUGGACCCAUUUUACAAAGAAAGGGUAGUGACCUUGGGCUCCUUCUAUUUAAUUGAACCAGGGAAAUAUCACACGUACUUUUCACACUGGUGAUGACAGGCGAGUGGUAGUAAUUCCCUGUCCAGUGCUCACAAGGGAAAUCAGCGCCCAACAGCUUGAAACUUAACAUGUUCACAGCUGUACUGUGCCUACAGCCCGGGACUGCCCAGUUGCUGGUGCUUUGAUUCUGAGAAUUCAAAGAGAUGAACAACUUGGCAUCAGUUUUGAAGUCCAGCACCUGGCAGGUGCAUUCUGAGCAGCACCUCAGACCUUCCUAGCUUUAUUAGUUUCCACCAAAGCUGAAAAUACCAGUUCUGCUAACAGCCAAAGCUCUCCAAACAGGUACUUCUUUGCCUUAGCAGAAACAGCUACCUCUCUACACGUGUGUGUGGGACCUGCAGGGUUGUGUUCCAGGAAAAAGUUGUUUGACCAGCUUUUCAGCUCUCUUUUGUGAAACCCAAAUGCUAUACCAAACCCCUCCUAUUCCAAACUGCAGGCUAAGGUGAUCACUGUGAACUUGUUUGGGCGGUGGAAUGUAGGCAGUGGGGAAAGUGACAUCAGGCAUGGUGUCUCCUACCAGAAAGCAGCAGCAUUCACCUAAGUCCCUAGCAGGCACAAAAGCCACUAAGUACGUAACAGACCUGCUGAGCAAUGGCCACUCAGCAAGCUGGUGAUAGUGUCUCACGCAUCAGCUGUAACCCUUAGACUGCAGCUUAUUUCAUGGUCCAAGAAAUUAGAUUAACCCUCAGUGUUUUUGGAGAAGCCUGAGAAUAUCAGCCUGACUCCUGGGAAGCUUUAUAUAAGCAGGCAAUGGACCUGCAGUCUCCAGAGUUAGCCCCGGUAUGGCAUUUAGCAAAUCUUCUGCUUAGCAUCCCUGGAAAGAGACCUUGCAUCAUGUCAGGGGGAAGGUUAACUGCUGCUGAAAGCCAACUCAUACCUUUAUUUCACUUACUAAAAUACACUGGAGACAGAUGAACCUUUUUUGCUUUGUAUUUGUUACUUGCCUAGACAUCUAUUACCAUGCUGUGCAGAUAUACCUGACAUUGAUAGGUGUAUCUAGAUGGGCUCCUGUGCCUAUACCUCUUAAGCCCUAGUGUCAUUUGGUAGUAAUGCUUUUUGGUAAUAUUUGCACUGACUUGAAGGAAAAAGAUAGUAGAAAAUACGGUUCUAAUCCUGGCUGUUGAGCUUUGUGACAGCCUUUAUGAUUUCCAGGUAAGUCACUUCUUGUGCCUUGGGAAAAUUGGAUUCAGAACAGGAAACUCAGGGCUAGAACUUUUAAAAAGCCAACCAAGGCUAUGCAAAAAACCCCAAACAACCAAAAUGCACCUUAGCCUUCCCCUUCCCUCCCAAAGGAGAUCCAUGUUCCAAUGAGAACAAAUCUGUCUGGUUUUAAUUGGGCUGGGGAAGGCUACCUUGCUGCUUAUGUGAUUUCCAGGUAUUUUAUGCUCAGCUUCUUCCUGUAAGAGCACAGAACUAUAAGAUAGCAACACAAAGCAUCAUAAGAGCACAGUACUAUAAGAUAGCAACACAAAGCAUCAGUGAUUGGAACCUCAGCUUACAACAUGUCAAUGUUAGUAAUUUUGUAGUAAAGAGAUGGAAACUGAAUUAAAAGAUCUUUGAUUAUCCAUUGAUGCAAGAGGAAAAUGGGGCUGGAGGGACUAUGGUUCAAGUCAAACACUAGUCCCGAGUGCUAAUCCCUUCUUCUGCUUCAAGGAGCAACUUGGGAUAGCUUACUUCAUUUCCCUGCCUCAGUUUCCCAGACUUUUAGUGAAGACUGAAUGUUUUGAACAGAGAGAAAGCCAAGAGUUAGUUUUUGUUGCAUGCAAUACCAGCAGUACUGGACUGGUAAUGGGCUAGCAGUCUCUGGAGUUAGCUCCAUGGACCCUUAUUAUCUGUCUGUGCAGGAUCUGGUUCAGAUGGAGUUAAUUUUCUUCAUAGCAGCCUGUAUGAUGCUGUGUUUUAGACUGGUGACCAAAACAGUCUUGAUAACACACAAUGUCUUAGUUACUGCUCUGCUUGCACAGUGUCAAGGCCUUCUCCGUCUCUCACUCUGCUGCCCCAGAGAGUAAGCUAGGGCUGGGUUGUUUGGGUUUUUUCUUUCCUUUUCCUUCAUUUAUUAGGCUGUCUUUAUGUUUUUCUCACUUUUGCCCUUCUGAUUCUUUCCCCCAUCCCGUUUGGCAGGGAGUGGGUAGGGGCUUAGCUGCCUAAGCCCACCAGGGUCCGUAGUGUAACAGGCAGGUAUUCUUCAUGGCUUGGAUGCUGAUCACAACUGUGCAGUAAGAUCUGUGCUGCUGAAAUUUCUAAUCUUAAAAGCUUCAAUGAAAAGCUAUGGGCUAGAAUUUUUUGUAGAAGUGGUAAAGGAAGCCAAAUCAAGCAGAUUACACACAAACAGCAGAAGAAACUGUAGCUCAUUUAUGUUCUGGCUAAAUUAAUUUUGAAUGAUCAGUCCAGCUCCAGUUUUAAUCUUACACAGCUGCUUUAGGUGGCUGAAGAGUUUAAGGAAAGCCUUGUAUGGGUGUCCAGCUUACACUGAGACAUAAGGGCUGAAAUCCAGUGGAAUUAUCCCAGAUUUAUGGAUGUUUUCCAUAUGUCCACUGUUCUGUUACUCACUGGAAGUGCCUUCAGAACCCUGUAAGAAUAAAAACCUAUUACAAGCUA